CAUCGCUCCGGCUAGGUUCAAUUUGGCUUCUCCAUACAACAUUUUGUGUUUGCAGCGUCGAGUGGAAUAUUUUUUACGCUCGAUUGGGAUAUUUUUUAUUCGAUACGUAUAUAUCGUAUUAAAGUGAAUUGUGUGCGUGUGCUAGUUAUUUGUGCAUCGAAUAUCAUGCGUAUAUUCAUUUGAGAUUAAAAAUGACAAAAAGAAGAUAUGUUUAAAGACAUGAUUACUCUAAAGUUCCUAGUUUUAAUAGCAUUAGUUGUAAGCGCCGGAGCCAAUAAUGAUGGACUGGUUAUUAAGAUUGGCGCAAUUUUCUUCGACUCUGAAAUGAAUCUGGCCGAGGCCUUUGAUGCUGUGAUCGAAGAGGUGAAUGCGGUUGAUUCAGCGCUGCAAUUAAAACCAAUAAAGCGCUAUGUAACACUCGAUGACAGCAUUUUAUUGCAGGACUUAACAUGUGACUUGAUUGGAAAUGGUGCAGCUGCUAUUUUGGGACCAAGUUCAAAGACAGGCAGUGACAUUGUCGAGGUGCUCUGCAAUAUGACGGGCAUUCCGCAUCUGCAAUUCGACUGGCAUCCGCAGCAACCGCUACGAGAUCGUAUUAACCAUCAGAUGACCGUCAAUGUAGCUCCCUCGGAACUUAUUCUAUCCUCUGCCCUUUCGGAUAUACUGCGCAGCAAGGCCUUUGACUGGAAAUCAUUUACCAUUGCCUAUGAACGGGAUGCUCAUUUUGCCAGAUUGCAACACAUAUUGGCCAAUAAUCAGAUUCAUAAGACUGGCAUUAAACUGCAGGAAUUUCAGGGUGGCGACGACUAUCGCAUACUCUGGAAAAGAAUUAGUAAUUCACGUGAGAAGUUUGUGCUUCUUGAUUGUUCCUCUGAUAUCAUCGCAGACGUAGUCAAUGCGUCGAUUGUUUAUAACAUGACUGGUGCAUUUAAUAAUUUAUUUAUUACCAAUUUGGACACACAUCUCAGUGGCAUCGAUCGUUUCUAUUCCAGAGAGUUUAGAGUCGCUGUUGCCGCCAUGAGGAUUCGUGCUUAUAUUCCUCCGCCUGUGCAUGAUGAGGUUGAUGUUUUUGAGGAUGAGGAAGAUAAACGAUUUGCCUCGCUGUCCACUCAAUUGAUUUAUGAUGCAGUUGUGCUUUACUACAAUGCCAUGUUGCAAUUGAGUCAACGCUCUGGCUUCUAUACGCCUCAGUUUGGCUGUGGGCGUGGCUUUUGGCAGCCUGGACCGCAUCUGGUGCAACAGAUGAAAGACCUGCCUUCAAAACAAGUGAAGCCGCCGUAUAAAACUCAGCGUUUGCACAUAACUGCAGAUGGUCAACGAGAAGACUUCAAUCUCGAGGUUUACAAUCCGAUUAUUGAUCGCGUUACACACAUCUGGAACAAAGAGCGUAAGCUGGUGCUCUACGAAAAGAUCCGAGAGAACUCUACGCAAGCUGUGAAACAGAGACGUCUUGAGACUAAAGAGGAUUUCUCGCAGAGACCAGUUAAAUAUACGGUUGCCACUCGAGUGGGCAAACCUUACUUCAGCUGGCGUCCGGAGCCGGAAGGCGUGCAUUAUGAGGGGAAUGAACGCUUCGAGGGCUACGCUGUGGACCUGCUCUAUCAACUGGCUGAGGAAUGCAAAUUUGAUUUCCAUUUUGAGCCCGUCAGGGAUAACAAAUAUGGUAGCUAUGAUCCGACCACUGAUGAAUGGGACGGUAUAAUUAGGCAGCUAAUGGACAAUAAUGCACAGAUUGGCAUUUGUGAUUUGACCAUUACUCAGGCGCGUCGCACAGUUGUUGACUUCACGGUGCCAUUCAUGCAACUAGGAAUUAGCAUUUUGGCGUACAAGGAACCGCCACCCGAAGCCAAUAUCUAUGGCUUUCUCAAUCCCUACAAUAUGGAAGUGUGGCUGUAUCUUAUGGUUGCUAUGCUAAUCUCGGCGAUGGCUUUAAUUUUGGUCGGUCGCAUGGACUCCUACGAAUGGGAACCGCCGGUGAUCAAUGAAGACAACGAGGAGGAGCAUGAAAACACCUGGCAUCUGCAUAAUACCAUGUGGCUGGUGCUGGGAUCCAUUCUAAAUCAAGGCUGCGAUCUGUUGCCGAGGGGCGUGCCUAUGCGUUUGCUUACCGCCUUCUGGUGGAUCUUUGCACUGCUCGUUUCGCAAACUUAUAUUGCUAAACUGGCUGCUUUUAUUACGUCCUCGAAGAUGACUGGCAACAUUGCCUCAUUGCACGAUCUGAUUGACCAGAACAAAGUGCAAUUCGGCACCAUUCGAGGCGGUGCCACUUCGGUUUACUUCUCGGAGUCGAACGACACUGAAAAUCGAAUGGCCUGGAAUAAAAUGGUGUCGUUUAAACCGGAUGCGUUUACGAAAAACAGAGAGGGUGUCGAUCGCGUCAAGGUGAGCAAGGGAAGAUAUGCCUUUCUGAUGGAGACCACAAAUUUGCUAUAUCAAACACAGCGUGAUUGCCAACUAACUCAGAUUGGGGAAAGUUUUGGAGAGAAGCAUUACGGAAUUGCGGUGCCAUUGAAUGCCCAAUUUCGAUCGAAUCUUAGUGUCGGGAUACUGCGACUCAGCGAGAAGGGCGUGCUCUAUAAGAUUCGAAAUAAAUGGUUCAAUACAAAUGAAACCCACUGUGAUCGCCUAGGACCUACUAAUGAUGACGGACAGUUUGAUAUGGAUGCAGUUGGAGGACUCUUUGUGGUACUCAUUGUUGGUAUAGUCCUUUCCUUUAUCAUUGGCGUGAUUGAGUUUCUUUGGCAUGUGCAUACGAUUGCACUGAAAGAAAGGAUCAAGCCUAUGGUGGCAUUCAAAGGUGAGCUUCAUUUCCUAAUACGCGUCUGGCUGAGACGAAAACCUUUGCGAACUUAUCGCGAAAGUCGAGAUUCUACCUCUACGGGAUAUUCUUCACUUGGGAAUUCAACCAGUAUCACCAGUGGCAAGAAGAGAAAAAAAACUAAAAAUCAAUCAGAGUAGGAAACAUGGAACGCUUUUAACAUUCACUCAAGAUAGCAUUUGUAAUUCAUAAUAAUAAAUAAAUACAUAUUUUUAG